AACGCUGCAGGCUUCAUUGAAAAUCUUGUUAUACAAAUAUUUGUAUACAAGCAAUAUACCGGGCCUAUACCUUACUGAUUACUAGAUCUAUAUAUUUAUAGUUCAGACCUUAUAUCUCUUUGCUUAGUUAACAAGAAAAGGUUAAUUAUUAUCUUUAAUAUUUAUGAGUGUAUAGUGUAUGAUGCUUUGCAGAUUCUAAGUUUAAAUCCGAUAAUGGAUUUUGAAUAUGACAGUUCUCAAACUGUUCUGAAAAACACAGAAAAACUUCUGUUGGAUAAUAUUUUUUUGGAUUUUACUGUUAAGGUUGAUGACGUUUCUCUGCAAUGUCACCGUAUUUUUCUGGCAGCGUCGUCACAUUUCUUCAGAGCACUUUUAAUGACGGACAUGAAGGAGGCUAAAGAGGGUUGUGUAACGAUCAAUGGGAUUUCUCUUAAAACAUUUCAACACAUUUUAAAGUCAAUGUAUACUGGAAAAGUUCCUCUCACGAAAGAUAAUUUUAUAGACAUAUGGAAAGCAGCGGAUCAACUACAGAAAGAUUUUAUUAUGCAAAACUGUGAGGAUUUCGCUGCAAAGGCCAUUUCCGUUGAAAACUUUGAAAGCGUAGUGAAUACAGCUAAAGCUUUUAAAUCCAAAAAAGUGUUGAAUGCUUCAAAAUCCUUUAUGUUAAAUAACUUUGGCUUAAUUAUGAACGACAAGCCUAUAAUGGAGCUCGAAGUUAAAGAUUUCAAUGAAUUGAUUGAUUCUCGGGAUCUAAAAGUAGAAAAUGAAGACUGGGUCAUACAAACAGUGCUAAAGUGGGUUGAGUAUGUGCCAGAAGAAAAAUGCAUUGGUGAAAAAGAAGACGUUUAUGCUGACAUAGAACAUAACACUUCAAAGAAAAAUAGUUCCAAUAAUAAAUUUGACAGAAGUCUUACCGCAGUCCAUAAACAAACGUUGAAUAAAAUAAAUCACAGAACUCAAGCCUUGACAAAAUUAUUGAAGUCUGUGAGGACGUGUCUUGUGAGUACACCACUUCUAAAAGAUCUGCUAAAACAUCGAUUGAUAAUCAACAACAGUGAAGCUAGAGAUGUUUUGAUUGAUGCUGUGUUGUAUAAGACAACACAUUAUAACCAGGGACAAUGGCGAACAAGUGCCAUACAUCGAGCUUCUUGUGAAUGGGAGCAUUACGGUGUUGUGUUGUAUAAAAUACAUAGAACAAUUUAUUACAUAAAUGCAUACGAAGAUAAGCUAUACAAAUGUAUAAGCUGUAGCGAUCUGUCCAUAGACUUAUCUCUAGUUGUGUUUGACUCUUAUCUGUACGCCAGUGGUGUUAACGACGGAGCUCAAACAAACAGCAGUUUGUACGUUUUGUAUCGAAAUGUUUGGAGCAAAAUCACUGAGAUACCAGGACGUCAGCUAAUUUUAGUGCCAUAUGAACAAUGUCUCUUUACUCUUAGUAAAUGUUCUAAUGAAAUAAAUCAAAUAUUUCCUAAAAACAGUAAACCAAAAGUUGAAGAAUUUACAAAGCUUCCAGAGGCAAUAAAAGUACAACAUGCUAUACAUUAUCAGAGGAUGAUUCUGAUUUUCAGUUCUGUUACCGUCAAUGGUGAAGAGAAAACUGCAGUUCAUCAGCUGGACAUUUUAACAAAGAAAUUAACAGAAUUAGAACAAUUAAAUGGACCAGCGGAACAGAUAAUAAGUUUUAGUGAUGACAACAAUACUUAUGUAUUACAAACUGUUGGAGAUUUGUGGCUUAUAAGUAGUUCAGUUGAACCAGUCACAUUCAAAAUGUUGGGAAGGCUAUGGACUAUUAAGAGAAAGCUGUACGGUGCAUUGACAUACAAGAAAAAGUUGACUAUCUUUGGUUCUGACCCCACCAAAGAGCCAGCUGAACAAAAACUGCUGUAUUCGGUUAAAAAGUACUUUAACUUUAUAAAAUACUGGGGGACUGAUGAACAAUGUUCAAAUUUCAUACCAGCUACUCUAUUGAAAGAAGAAAUUGUGCCUUUCGGAACAUAAUUACAAACUAUUGCUAUAAUUGCUAUUGCAUUUUGGAAGGGUUUGGGGGCUGUGUUUUGU